AUUAGGAGGAAGAAAGUGGGAUUAAUAAUAAUAAUAAUAAUAAUAAUAAUAAUAAUAAUAAUAAUAAUAUCAACCUUCACCACCACCGACACACACCGACAUUUUCUCUGGGUCAAUGGAACUUCCAAUUCCAUAACACUCGACAAAAUCUCAUCUCUGGACUAAACUUCACCAAAGAUUCAAUCUUUUUUCUUCAAAUUUUCCUAUUUUAUUUCUUUACAUUAAUUACACUCACAUAGUUCUCAUUAUUAUUCUUCUUAACCCAAAGAUAACAACUUUAUUUCAAUUCUUCAUCAGAACGCUGUUAAAAAUCUUAUCUUCUCUCUCUCAUGGCCUGCAAAUAUGGUACUUUGAUUAUCAUCACCAUUACCCAAUUACUCGCUUUCUUCUUUGUUCCACAAUUCGCUCAAUCCGACCCUUCGGAUUCGGAUUGUUCCCACCGUUGGAUCCAUAUACGCCGUCUACCGCCAAGAUUCAAUCUUGAUCUAUUGGCCAACUGCUCUGAAUAUCCACUUUCUGGUGACUUCUGCUCUUACUUGCCUAACCAUGGUUUGGGUCACAAGACCCACAAUCGUUCCCAGAGCUGGUACCGAACAGACCCUUCAAUGCUCGAACUCGUCUUCCAUCGCCGGAUGCUCGAGUACCCGUGUCUCACUUCAGAUCCUGCUGCCGCUGACGCCGUUUACCUCCCUUACUACGCCGGAAUUGAUGCUCUCAGAUACUUGUACGGUCCCGACGUUAACUCCAGCGCCGAACACGGACUCGACUUGUUCCAAUUCUUGCAGAAGGACGAGCCCAAAGCGUGGAAACGGAAUAUGGGUCACGACCAUUUCUUGGUUAUGGCUCGUCCGGCCUGGGAUUUCUCUCAGCCUCCCGGUAAUGACCCACCGAUUUGGGGAACGUCGUUUCUGGAACUGCCCGAGUUCUUUAAUGUCACGGCUUUAACGGUUGAGGCCCGAGCCUGGCCGUGGCAGGAUCAGGCGGUGCCUUAUCCGACGUCGUUUCAUCCUCCCACUCUGUCGUUUCUCGAGGCUUGGACUCAGCGUGUCCGCCGCGCUAAACGGAGCACUCUGGUGCUCUUCGUCGGCGGCGGUGGAGUUUCCGCCACACCCAAUAUUCGCCGGAGCAUAAGGAAUGAGUGCGAGAACUCCACCGCUCUUUGCAGCAUUGUGGAUUGCUCUAAUGGGAUUUGUGAGCACGACCCGAUUCGGUUCAUGAAGCCAAUGUUACAAGCGAGCUUUUGUCUUCAACCGCCGGGGGAUACUCCGACGCGGAGGUCCACCUUCGACAGCAUCCUAGCCGGUUGUAUACCUGUGUUCUUCGAGGAACUUUCUGCCAAGUCGCAGUACACGUGGCACUUGCCUGAGGAUGAGUACGAGGAAUUCUCUGUGACUAUUCCUAAGGAAGAAGUUGUGUUCAAAGGGUUGAGAAUACUCGACGUGUUGAGCAGUAUUCCAAGGUCUAAAGUCAAGAGCUUGAGAGAGAAAGUUAUGGAGCUUAUACCAAAGAUUAUGUAUAGAAGACAUAUGAGUUCGAUGGGUUUGAGAACCAAGAAAGAUGCUUUUGAUUUAGCCAUUGAUGGUACUCUUCGGAGGAUUAAAUCUAGACUUGAACAACAAGUUUUUGUUCAGUGACCUUAGUUUUUUUUCCUUUCUUCCUUUCUCUUUCUUUUGUUGUAAUUAUUUAUCAUAUAUAUUCUUUCCCUCUUGUAAUUGGAAGUUACGAGAGUUUAUAGCUUUGUGAUUUAAGUUUCAUGAGAGGUUUAUAAAUGUAACAUCAAUUUUGGCAGUAUCUAUGGUAUAUUAUCUUAGAUUUC